UGGGACCAAUCGUCAUCCCGCCAGUUGAUGGAUUCCAAAUAGGGGCUCCCCAGGACCCAAUUGUACACGUGGUGGGUUUGCCACUGGCCUCCCUCCCCCCUGGCACUCGGUUGUACCAGUCACUCCACAUCACCACACCUGCCAUGCACCACGUACAACAGUGACCCGACCCCUGCCCAUGCACCAUGUACAUCCAUGACCCGGCACCAAUGAUGUGCCAAUAUUUUCCAGGUUGGUGAUGGUCCAGGCAUGCAGAUGCUAUCAACGAAAUUACCCAAUCCAAUUUUUUUUUCAUAGGGUCUUACCUAUUUUGGAUCCGAACCACCAGUCUCCUUGUGCCACCUCCACCACCCACCAUACCCAUACUAACCUCUAGCAUGUCUGGAGCCACUGAAGCCAAGUUAGAAACAGCCGACCAACAGUAUGACGGGUCAAACGUCGGUCCUGCCUCCAACAACCCCGUGUCGGGAGGACCAGGCGACGACGACGACGACGACGAGCCCAGCGGAGGCAAGCAGCAGAAGGAAAGAAGAAAGAUCGAAAUUAAGUUUAUCCAGGACAAAUCCAGACGUCACAUCACAUUUUCCAAGAGAAAGGCGGGGAUCAUGAAGAAGGCGUACGAAUUGUCGGUUUUGACAGGUACUCAAGUGUUGUUGUUGGUUGUCAGUGAGACGGGAUUGGUGUACACUUUUACCACGCCUAAGUUGCAGCCUUUGGUGACCAAGUCUGAAGGGAAGAACUUGAUCCAGGCGUGUUUGAACGCUCCCGAGGAGGGCUUGGGCGACGACCAGGGAGAACAGUCGGACGGAAACUCGCAAGACCUGCCUGACCAGAGUCCUGCGGCCAACAACAACGUGGCCGUGCAGCAACAGCAGGCUGCACAACAGGCAGCACAGGCCCAUCACAACCAACAGGUCCAGGCGCAACAGGCGCAGGCAGCGGCUGCUGCCCAGCAGCAGUUGCCCCCAGGCGCGCACAUCCCCCACGGGAUUCCCUACCCCAACGCGGGCCACACCCAGCCCGGCAUGCCGCUUCCCCAGAACGCCUACGGCGACUCGUCGCAGGUGUACCAGUACUUUUCGAACAUCCAAAACGGCAACAUCCCCAACGCCCAGCAGUACCAGUAG